AUGUCUACUAGCUAUUUAUUAGAGAUUUAUGGAUAUCCUAUCAUGGAUAUGAGGAUAUCGAAUAGAUAUCUAACAGAUAUUAUGUUCUACGAAUCUGAAUCUGAGUACAAUGGAAAUGAAUAUUUAUGUAAUGACACUGAUAAUGAGAAAAAUCGAUCAAUCUCUUUUGAUGAAUAUCAGAUUAACACAUCAGUUUCAUCAUCUAAUAAAAGUGAAGAUUCAUUACACGACUGUAAAAGUGUUCUAAAAGAGAAACGCUGCUCAGUUACCAACAAAAUAGAAUCAAAGAGAUCGUUCAAUCCAAAUAAACAGUCAGUAAAGGAUAAACCUAUAAAAAUAAAACGCCGUUCUACAUCACCAUAUGGUCCUACAAGGCGAAUUCGUUGGAAAGAAGAGGAAAAAAAUGCUGUUAUGUCUGCAUUUGGAACAUACAUUGAUUCUACAAAGUUGCCUUCUUUACUGCAGAUUAAUAAGGUUAUACAAAAUUCUCCAUGUUUGAAAAAUCGUACAGCACCGCAAAUUAAAACAUGGCUGCAUAAUCAACGAAAAUCUCAAAUGCAUAAUAAAUAA